AUGCUUGAAGAACUAUUAAUUCAUAAGCCAGAUGAUCCCAUUCAGUAUAUGAUAGACCAUUUAAAGCAAAACAACGAUGAUGCUCCAAGAAUUUGUGUACUUGGUCCACCUGCUUCUGGGAAAACUACAGUUGCAAUGUGGCUUUGUAAACAUUUGGAUGCCAUAUGUAUCUCUCAGGAGACUUUGUUGUUCAAGGAAAUAUUAGCGCUGACAAAGGAAGCAAAGGCAUAUAAAGAAAGAAAACAGAAAAUUCCCAACGCGCUUUGGGCCAAUCUGAUCCAGGAACGUCUGUCAAACGUGGACUGCAUCAAACAAGGGUGGAUUUUGGAAGGCUUCCCUGAAAAUCAGGAACAGGCAUGGAUGCUGCAAUCAUCUGGCAUCAUUCCUAGGCACGUUGUUGUGCUUUAUGCUCCAGACACUGUGCUGAUUGAGAGGAACAGUGGGAAAAGACUUGAUCCCUUCACAGAAGAGGUCUACCAUACGACCUUUGACUGGCCAAGUGAUCCGCUGGUACAGCAACGUUUGGUGAAACCAGAAGAUCUAUCUGAACAGGAGGUGUCAAAGAAACUGCUGGAGUAUCACAGAAACUUCCCUGGGGUUUUCCAGAUCUACCAAAAAGUUUUGAAAUCAAUCAAUGCAGACCAGCCUUCCAUGGAUGUCCUCUCACAGGUUCUUACCUACGUCCAAACACGGCAGCGAUCAGCCGCCCCCUUUACACCACGGAUUCUUUUUUGUGGACCCCCAGGCAGUGGGAAGAGCCUGCAGGCAGCACUAAUAGCUCAGAAAUACAGUGUUGUCAACAUUUGCUGUGGGCAACUGCUAAAGGAAGCUGUUGCAGACAAGACAAAACUUGGAGAACUCAUUAAGCCUUAUAUUGACAAUGGAUACCCAGUUCCAGACAACCUUGUUAUGAAGAUCCUGGCAGGACGCCUAAAUGCACUAGACUGCAUGACCAAUGGUUGGGUGCUUUAUGGCUUCCCAAGAGACAUAGAGCAGGGAGAACAGCUGCAAAAAUCACAUAUUAUUCCAAACAGGGUAUUUUUCUUUAACCUCCCCUAUGAAUCCAUCAUGGAACGGCUGUCUCAACGAAGGAUUGAUCCCGUCACCGGGGAAAGAUACCACACUACAUUCAGACCAGCACCCACACCGGAGAUCCAAGCCCGUCUCAGGCAGAACCCUAGAGACAAGGAAGAAAAUAUUGAGAACCGCGUGGAAACCUAUUACAGAAAUGUCAAGGAACUGGAGGAUUUUUAUGAAGAUGCCUUUUAUGUCAAUGCUGACCAAGACCCUCAUGUUGUCUUUGAGUUUAUAGAAAGCUGUAUCAUUAAGCCCCUUCCAUGCAAAAAAUCAAAAAGCUUAUGA